AUGGGGCACGCCGUGCUCGGUACACCACAACACCAAAGGUUGACUCCGUCACCUUUGGAUGCCAUUUUGGACCUUGCGUUACCCCUCUGUCGUCGAGAAGCUGACCACUCGCCCUGCUCUCCUUUUCCCGCCAACGCAAUGUCGCACAAAGGGAAGAGCAGCGCGAGCUCGUCCAAGGGCAAGAAGUCUGCCAAGUCGGGCGGUGAAAGCAAGACCGAGGAUGUCCUCCAGGCCGUGGUUCUCGCAGACUCCUUCCAGGACAGGUUCAAGCCCUUCACCGUCGGCCGGCCGAGAUGUCUCCUACCUCUCGCCAACACGCCCCUCAUCGAAUAUACGCUCGAAUUUCUCGCCAUGAACGGCGUCAACGAGGUCUACAUAUACUGCGGCGCCCACACGGACCAGGUGGAGGAUUACGUUGGCGGCUCGAGGUGGUCGACCUCAUCGCCGUCCUCCCCCUUCUCCGUCCUGCAGUUCAUCCGCGUUUCCGAUGCGCGAUCCGCCGGCGACGUCCUGCGCGACAUGGACAAGCGAUCCCUCCUCGGCGGCGACUUUGUCCUCGUGCACGGCGAUCUUGUCUCCAACAUGAUGCUCGACGGCGCCCUGGCCGCCCAUCGCCGACGCAGGGAGGCCAGCGCCGCCAACAUCAUGACCACCGUUCUCCGGAGCGGCGGCCGCGAACGCCACCGGACCAAGACGAGCGGAAUCACACCCAUCUUCGUCGUCGACACCCAGAGCCGGCGCCUUCUUCACUACGACGAGAUGAACCCCCUGCAGAGCGACCGCUACCUCGCCCUCGAUCCCGCCAUCGCCGACGAGCUCUCGACGGAUUUCGAGGUCCGCUCCGACCUGAUCGAUGCCCAGGUCGACAUAUGCACCCCCGAGGUCCUGGCGCUGUGGUCGGAAAGCUUCGACUACGAGCUGCCGCGGCGAAACUUCCUCCACGGCGUUCUGAAAGACUGGGAGCUGAACGGCAAGAUGAUUUACGCCGAGAUCCUGGCCGAUGGAUAUGCUGCACGGGCCAGCAACCUCCAGAUGUACAACGCCAUCAGCCGCGAUGUCCUCGGUAGAUGGACCUUCCCCUUCAUCCCGGAAAACAACCUUGUGCCGAGCCAGUCCUACCAACGGCACGCGCACGGCCUGGUGAUGGAAUCCAACGUGGCCCACGCCCCCGAUGCCCACCUCACAAACUCCGUCAUCGGCCGGGACACCACCGUCGGAUCGGGCAGCCGGGUCUCCAACAGCGUCAUCGGCAAAGGCUGCAGGAUCGGCGCCAACGUUGUCGUCGAGGACUCCUUCGUCUGGGACCACACGACGGUGGAGGAUGGAAGCUGCAUAUCCUUCUCCAUCCUGGCCGAUUCCGUCACCGUCGGGAAGAAUUGCUCGAUGCCCGCGGGGUCGCUCGUCGGGCCCAACGUUCGAAUCGGCGACAACGUCGCGCUGGAGAAGAGCGUCGUCCUGUCGACGGAAAAUCACGCCCGAGAACCCGUGCGCGGGGACGCGGGCCUCCUCGGCCCCGAAACGAACGCCGCUCCCUUUGUCGACCCCGACGACGACGAGCUCGACGACGAGGACCCGGCGCGCCUCCAGAAAUCGCUCCUCUACUCCCUCGCGCACCUGAACCUAUCGGCCUCUUCCAUCUCCACCUUGGCGACGGAUGCCUUCUCCGACGACGAAGGCGACGGCCACUUCCUGUCCGCCGACGCCGGCAUGUCGUCGCGCUCUCGCCUCUCUUCGUUUGCGUCGGAUGACUCGGCUGGCAGGGUCUCCUUCCACGCAGACGCCGUCCACGGCCUUCUCGACGCACUGCGGGCCGAGUCGGGCGACUUUGACUCGGCCAAGCUCGAGUUCAUGGGCCUCCGGCUGGCCAACGACGCAUCCGACGCCAUGAUGCGCAAGGCCGUCGCGACGGCCUUUGCUCGACGUGCCGCCGAGCUCCUCACGGCCGAGCACGGCUCCCUCGAGCCCAGCAAGGCGGCCGAAAGCGCCCUCACGGCGCGGAAGGGCGCCCUCAAGUUCAUCGACGAGGUCGGCGUCGGCGGCGGCGAGGCCGAGCAGGUCGAGUUCGUGCUCGCGCUCCAGAGGGCCCUGCAGCACGCCAAAGGUCCCGAGCAGGCCAGGACCGGCACUCUGCUGGCGGCGCUGCUGCAGCAGCUGUACGCCCGGGAUGUCCUCGAGGAGGACGGCAUCCUUGGCUGGUGGGAGGAUGGCCGGGCCGGCGACGGCGACGGAAUGGCUGCCCUGAAGGACAAGUGCCGAGUGUUGGUGGAGUGGCUGGAGAAUGCCGAGGAAGAGGACGACGAGGACGACGAGAGCGACGACGAGUAG